AGUCAUUGGCGAGCCCUUGGUGAGCCGCGAUACGAUUGGUAACCACUAUCAGAUCAGCGACGAUCGACGAUGGUUGCCGAAAAAUUCAUCAGCGAGGAUGUUAAACGAAGUCCAAUGUUCACGAUCGAGAAUAACGUGAUAGUUGGAAACCCGUCGGCCAAGAGAGAGAACAACCCCAUAGCCAAAGUCAUUUUGGAUUCGCUCAGGAGCUAUCCGGACACAGUCGCACAAAUAAAUACGGCGACGGGUGAAAAAAUAACUUUCGGCAAGCUAAGGGAUCUCAGUGUCCGUUGUGCCAUUUGGUUGAAGAAACAGGGCAUAGGUCAAAAUGACAUCGUCUGCACUUCGACGCCGAAUCAAAGUUACGACUGCAUCCCGUGUCUGGCGACAUUGUACCUUGGAGCGGUUGUCAACCCCUGGUUCAGCGAGCUGUCUUUCGCCUCGGCUAGACACUUCUUCGACAUAAUACAGCCAAAAAUACUGUUCGCCUGCGAGGAGUCGAUCGAAAUCCUAGCCCAAGUGGCCAACGACGUCGGCGUCACGUGCAAAUUCGUGGUUUUCGGCCGAUACCCCGGCUUCCAAUCCCUGGAGGACAUAAUGGCCGAAAUCAGCCCAGAAGAAAUCGACGGCUUCCGCCACGUCGAGCCGGAAGAUCCAAAAACCAAGUUGGGAAUCAUACUCUUCUCGUCGGGGACCACCGGCACCCAAAAGGGCACGAUGCUGUCCUACGACGCUCUCGCGAACCACCACAUGGAACAACUGCUACCCCACGAGGGGUCGAACGCGCUGUGGUACUCGACCAUGUCCUGGAUCACGGGGACUUGUUUCAUAACCAGCUGCAUACGACUGCGGUGCACGCGAAUCUUGCAUUCGCACUUCGAUCCGGAGGAGACGAGCCAAGUCGUGGAAAAGUACAAGGUCAAUUGGGCCUUCUUAUCUCCAAGUGCGUUAACUCAGCUGUACAAAAAUAAAUUGAUCGAUCAAUACAACUACGCAUCGCUCGAAGUAUUGGCCACAGGUGGAUCGAAGCCCAGCAAGGUCGUCCUUGAUUACUGCCGGAGAGCCUUGCCUCACACAUUGGUCACCAACACCUUUGGUAUGACGGAGCUGGGAGGUAUGGUGGUAUACCAAAGAAGUGCCUUUAAGAAGAUCGACUCGAUCGGAUACGUUGUGGGUGGAAUAAAAAUGAAGAUUAUCGACUCGGCGAUGGGCAAUAAGCUCGGCCCGAAUCAGCAGGGCGAACUGUGUUUCAAAUUCGACGGCAUAAUGCUUGGUUACUUCAAGAAUCCGAGGGAAACUAAAAAAAUGCUCGACGAUGAAGGUUGGCUGCACACCGGGGAUCUAGGGUAUUUCGAUGAAGAUGGUGAAAUAUCGAUCACUGAUCGAAUCAAAGAAGUCAUAAUCUGUCAAAACUACCACAUAUCUCCGUCGCAAAUCGAAGGAAUUCUUCUGCAGCAUCCCGAAGUGAAGGAAGUCGCAGUUGUACCAGUGCCCCAUCAAGUAGACAUCGAGCGACCAAUGGCAUUUGUUGUGAAAAUCCCCGGAGCAAAAGUCACAGCAGAAGUAUUAAUGGAAUUGCCUGCUAGUUACGACGAGUAUUUCCGUUUGACAGGUGGUGUCGUGUUCCUAGAGAAACUACCGUACACGAACACAGGAAAGAAAAGCCUGAGGGACUUGAAAGAGAUGGCAAAAGCUUACGCACAAUAAUUGUUUUCACUUAACUCAUUUACAUAUAUUCGAUCUGGAAUACAAGGCUGAUGUAUUGCAAUAGGCUAUACAAUUACUAUUUAUUAUCAACAGUUAAAAGUUCAUCACUUUGAUCAACAGGAAAAUUUUCACAAAUAGUUGUAAAUAAUUGUACGCGACAUUUUUUCUGUUACCAGCUGUAUCACUCACUUUAAUAAACAUUUCUUCAUCUCAUGCAUGUAUAAAGACA